AUGAUUGAUUGUCUGCACCACUACAUUAGAAAACUUCUUUUACAAAGGAAGAUCAUGGAGGCUGUAAAGAAGAAUGAUGUAAAAUGUGCAGGUCCUGAGGAAAUGAAAGCGAGAGAACAGCAGGUCGACACAUUAAAGGAGAUGAUUAGGCAGCUUGAAGAAUGCAAAGUUAAGGAAGCAAGUACAUCAGAAGCUACUGUUGAGGCUCUUAAAAAGCAAUCAGAAGGCCUGCUUCUUGAAUAUGAUCGUUGUGAUGAUGCCGAACAACAAAAGAUGAAAACUGUGGAUACUCAUCCACAGGGUGAUAACUCGAAGGGUCGAUUCUAUCAGAAAUGUAAAUUAAUCGGAACUGUUCAUUCUGACAAUAAGGGGGAUCAAAGACAGCAAUCAAACCACCCACACAGAUUGACAGAUUUUGCUGGUCUUCGAAAUGAAGUGCUCAAUGAUCCUGCAGCAAAAGAAGCUUCGGGUUUGGGCCUUCAGGACAUUAGAAAAGUUCAGCCUUCAUUUAAACCUAAUGCAGAACCCUCUUCUCUCAUUCACCUAGCUAAGCCAGGAAAUUGGUGCUUCACAGGAGGAUUGCUUGGACCAGAUGGAGCGGACCGAUACCUGGAAAAAUGGUGCAACCGGACUCAAAACAAAGGUCCAUCUGGAUCAAGCAAUAAUACUGAUUCAUUAAUUUCUGUGGGAGCAGGUGGGAGGGGCGGCACAGUUAAAGUUCUGAGAUCACUCAGUCAGACUACUAUGUUCUAUAAGCUAUCGGAUGGUGGACGAGAGUAUCGUUUCAGCAAAAAGAUUCAGAUCUGA